CUUGGGCCCAUCCAGCCCAGAUUAAUCCCCGCGAAUCUCCGUUGAUUUUUCAGGUGGAAUGUGAGAGCAGAAAUGGCGACCUUGGCGUUCGCGGGCCUAACAUCUCCGCCGUUGUCGACGUCGCGCCGGUCUCCGUUGACCCACGGAAGAUUCCAAAGCCCCUUCCUCCAUAAAACUCUGAAAUGGGGUCAGAGAUCUCUGCUUCUUCCCAUAACAUGCUCGUCCACCGAACCAAAUCAAAACGCCGACGAUUCCGAACCCAAAACGGCGUCGUUGGCCCCGUCGUCUUCGAGUGACUUGACCUACAAACUCUACGCAGGGCUCGGAGGCGUUGGGUUUCUCGAGACAACUUACUUGACUUACCUCAAGCUCACAAAUUCCACUGCAUUCUGCCCCACUGGCGGCGGCGGCGGAGGCGGAAGCUGCGGCGACAUCCUCAGUAGCGAUUACGCCGUCGUUUUUGGUGUUCCUCUUCCGCUGUUCGGAAUGGUUGCUUAUGGGUUAGUUGCUACUCUGGGUGUGCAGCUACUGACUGCAAAGAAGUUGCCUUUUGGAAUUAGUGAAUCUAAUGCUCGCUUAGUUUUGCUCGGGACUACAACUUCCAUGGCAGCUGCUAGCGCUUGCUUUUUGUACAUUCUUAGCACCAAAUUUUCGGGAGCUUCUUGCUCGUAUUGCUUGUUAUCUGCUCUGCUCUCUUUCACCUUGUUUUUCACCGCCUUGAAGGAUUUUGGGUUGGAAAAAUUACAGAAGGAAGUGGGUUUGCUGUUUUGUAUAGCUAGCUUAGUGGUUGUGACUCUCAACAGGUCAUAUAGUGCUCUUCCACCUGUGCCCUCAAGCCCAUCUGAAAUUGAUCUUCCAUAUUUUUCAACUGAGAUAACAACACCAUCAAGCCCGUUUGCAAUAGCUCUUGCAAAGCAUCUGAGUGCUAUUGGUGCUAAAAUGUAUGGGGCUUUCUGGUGUUCACAUUGUGUCGAACAAAAGCAGAUGUUUGGAAGUGAGGCAGCAAAACUGGUGAACUAUGUUGAGUGCUUCCCUGGUGGAUUUAGGAAGGGAACUAUAAUGCAAAAAGAAUGCUUUGAUGUCGGAAUUGAAGGUUUUCCUACGUGGGUGAUUAAUGGGCAGGUAUUGAGUGGAGAAAAAGAGUUGAUGGAGCUUGCACAGGAAUCUGGGUUUGAUUUAAAGGAAUUUAAUCAGACUCCCUAGAUUAAGCCACGGCGUUUGGUAUGUCAUCACUCGUAAAGAUCAUAGAAAACUUGUACGAUUUACAUACCCGAUCAUAUAUCACGAAAACUAGGCACCUCGAGGUGUUAUAUCUUGUACAUUGUUGCCUGUAUUGAUUAUGAUUCAGUGGACCAAAGAAGCUAGUUAGAGUUGUACAUCGGAAACUUUUUCCUAAAUUGCAAGAUUCAAGACUCUUUUCUAAUAUAUUUGUCCACAAAA